AUGACGGCCAGAACCGCCGAGGCCUCGGGACUGUCGGUGCCGCCGCACCGCUGUCACGGAGGCGCCACCAACGGCACCUGCGCGGAGCAGCUUAGCCUCCUCCCGCCGUUCUCCUCCGCCCUCGCGCUCCUCGUGCUGGUGGCCGUGCUCGUGGGGAUCAUCCUGGUUUCCCUGGCAACGUUCCACUUCCACAAGAGGAAGCUCCGGAACAGGAAGAUCCAGCGCGCUCAGGAGGAAUACGAGCGCGACAGUCGCAGCCCGGCGCGCGCCGCGGCGAGCUCGGAGCCCGCGAGGCCGUGCGUCAUCGUGCGUCCGGUGAGGUGCGAGGAGAAGCUCUCGUGCCAGAGCGAGGCGGCGGCGGAGAGCGGGCACGUGGAGGCGGAGGACGGACAGGCGCCGCACGAGACGGCCGCUCUUGACUGUUAACUUCAGGGAACGAGACUGUGGAAUAAACAGGAAAAGCAAUAAGGCACAAAGAACUCCAUCUCUGCUGCUUGUAGACUUAGAACCAGUAGAAGGCAGAACACUGAGCAGAACAGUAGAGGUUACACUAGAUCCACGGUGACUCACAGGUUAGCUGUGUGGGCACACCUCCAUUAGUAUUUAGCCAACUCCUUAUGGGACCGUGUAAAGUAUUUGCCUGCUUUGACUUUUGGACCUCUUCCUCUUCCCCCCUCAGCCUAAAACCAACCUCAAAGAUGUUGAAAUCCUCCCCGGGAUGUGACACGCAGUUGUGUUAAAUUAUUAAGAGCUGGCGACACAACACAGAUCUUCCUCGGCAUGUCCUCUGACACACUACCAGUAUGUAGUUAGACUAUAAUGGAUGUUGUGGUGCUGUUAGGCAGUGCAAAGCUGCAUAUAGGCUAUAGAAGCGGCUUCUUUGUUUGCUGUAGUAUUUUUUCCUUCAAUUAAGUGACUUAGCAUAUUUGCAUAAAGUACUGUCCUCCAAUGUCUGUUAGACAUCUGUAGGUAGCUCUAGAUUGCCUGACAGGAUGCAAGACUUUUUGCUGUAGUUAUGCACAUAAGAUUUCUGUUCCUUUAAAGUGUCAGGUUGUAACUUUUAGCGCUAAUACAGUAUUUUCAUUUUUGAGUAUUUACAAUGUAUUCUCUGACAUGUAAUAAAUUGAGAAUUCUUCCAACCCUCCAUCAGAGGCUUUCAAACAAAGCCAAUCAUUUUUUUCAGCUUUUUUUUUUUUUUGGAUCCUUCAUAUUGUAUCAUAGUGGGCCUAAUAGAAAUUCUGUGUCAUUUAUUAUAUGAAUUCACUGUAAAUGUAUGCCAUUAUGAGAGCUGGAAUGUUUUGCAGUAACAUCAUCUUUCUGGAGUUCAUAUAAUCUGCCUUAUCAAAGGAUAAUAUGUAAUAUUCAAAGUUUAUAAAUAAAUACAUAAUGUAUGAAUACUUUA